GCUCCCCAAAAUAACAGUCUCCACUUAUUCACCUCACCUUCCCAACAAACCCCUUCUCUCUCCUCACUUUCUCUCUCUUCAUGUCAGAACCAAAAUGUGAAAAAUAAAACUGAUCUCAAACAACACACAUAACAAACAACAACCAGCCCCACCCAUCCAACACUCCCUUAUUUAAUUAUAUACUUACAUAGCUUUCUUCAUACCAAUACCAAUUCGGGUCAACCCGAAAUCCACCCUCCACUCCACAACCACAAUGGCAGCUGCACUCGAAUGCUGGUCUAGCCGUACCAGCACCGAUGAAGACACAGUAGAGCAAGGUCUCAUGCGGACCGCCGACAGAUCGGAAUCUUCAACCGCCGCCGCAUUUGAAACGUCGUCGUCUUCCUCCUCCCCCUCCGCCUCCGUCGCCGGCGCCGGAAAAGAUGGGUCGGUGAUGCAGAAGAAGCUGCAGAAGCUCAGCCGCAAUGUUUCGGAAGCCAUUGCUUCGUUGAAGAACUCGUUGAAUCUUGACCCGGCCCGGGAUUCUAACCCGACCCGGAUCGAUGCUUGUAGGAAAAAUGUCUGGGGGAGUGUUGUCAGGAAUUUGACUCAGUUGUAUCCCGGAAGUCAACUCCCGGAGAAGUUGGUGUCUAGUAUAAGAAAACAUUUUGACUCCUUGCCCCUCAGUUAUUCACAAGCAGGAUUUGAAAUGAAGGAUGUGUUCUUACAUGUUAGAUUAAUAGAACAAGCAUCUGGAGAUGAUGAUCCAGCUUUUAUGAUACAAGAGGUAUCAGAGGAUCAAGUUCAAGGGUCGGUUUUCAAACUCACAUUCGCGUGUAACUCAUCACUUUCCUGGCCUGUAAUGUCAGGAUCAUUAGAUUCUGCUUCAAUUUGUUGCAAAAAGAUACAAAUCUUUGAGAAAAAAGGCUUCACUUUAGGAGUUGUUCUUCUUUUAGUACAACCCGGGCAAGAGAAAAUGUUCAAAUCGCUAGUUGAAACCGCGUUAAAAUCGGCUUUGAAGAAGCCGACGAAGACGAAUUCGAUGAAGCUCGCGUUUGGGCUUUGCGGGUGUCAAGAAGAAGGUACGAAAGGUAAACAGUUCGGGGAAAUCGAAGACGAUAGUAACGAGCAAAGUUACCGAAAUGAGGCUGAGGGUGUAGCUUCGACUUGUUCAAAGUUGAAACUUCAAAUGCCUUUACCGAGUUCUUCGAUUGUAAUAUCGGUUGACGAGUGGCAGACUGUUCAAUCCGGAGCCGAUGAGAUCAAGAAAUGGUUGUUAAAUCCCGAUAGUCUAGAGUUUGUUGAUCAAAUCGGUUUUGGGACGUUUAAAGGAACGUAUAAAGGUAAAAAGGUCGGGAUCGAGAAGUUAAAAGGGUGUGAAAAGGGAAAUUCAUAUGAAUUCGAGAUCCGAAAAGAUCUUCUAGAGUUUAUGACAUGUGGGCAUAAGAACAUUUUGCAAUUCUAUGGUGUAUGCAUAGAUGAUGUUCAUGGUUUAUGUGUCGUGAAUAAGUUGAUGGAGGGUGGAUCGGUUCAUGAUCGUAUAAUGGUGAAGAACAAAAAGAUUCAAAUGAAAGAGGUCAUACGAAUCGCUGCUGAUGUGGCGGAAGGGAUCAAGUUCAUGAAUGAUCAUGGUGUUGCUUAUAGAGACCUUAACACACAAAGGAUUUUGUUGGAUAAAAACGGGAAUGCCUGUUUAGGGGAUAUGGGCAUUGUCUCCGCUUGUAAAAAUGCCGGUGAAGCUAUGGAAUAUGAAACCGAUGGUUACCGUUGGCUUGCUCCCGAGAUCAUCGCUGGUGAUCCAGAAACAGUAACAGAGACAUGGAUGAGUAACGUGUUUAGUUUCGGAAUGGUGGUAUGGGAGAUGAUGACAGGGGAGGCAGCGUAUGCUGCAUUGUCACCCGUUCAAGCGACUGUCGGUAUUGCUGCAUGUGGGCUCAGACCCGACAUCCCAAAAGACUGUCCGCAACAUCUCAGAUCGCUAUUGAACAAAUGCUGGCAUAAUACGCCUUCCAAACGGCCAACGUUUUCAGAGAUUCUUGUGUCGUUGACUCGACCCAACAAGUGACAGAUGUUUAACCUUUAUAUGUGGUUUACAUGUUGGGUGAUGCCAAAAAACAAGAAAAGAAAGUGAUGUUUAGUUAGUUAACAUACAGAAUUGCAUGGUUUGAUUUUGUGACUUGUGACAUAUAGAUAUAAAGAUUUUUUUUUUUUUGUAAUUUUUUUUUGUAUGAUUUAGGAAUUGGGAGAUGGGAAAUCAUGGAAAGGUGGAAAAAGGAGGAUGAGAUUGUUGAAAUUGGUGUGGAGUGAUUAAAGGGAUUUUGUCUGUAGUUUGAUGUUUAUGUUUGUAAGAUGGAUAUAGACCAAAGUGGUAAAGUGGGUCCUUAAUGUC